CGAGAGCGACAUCUAAGUAGCAAUGGCUCUUUACUUCCUUUAUCCCGCCGUGGCCGCCGUCGCCCUGUUUAUCGUGGGCGUUAUCAUUGUCAUGCUGCGCUACGGACCGCGAUUGUGCGGUUUGCGCCACCAUGCGCUUCCCGAUGACGAGGACCUGCGGGGAAAGACGUACGAGCAUGAGAUUAGCUAUGCCUAAUCUUGUUCAGGGGUGUCCCAUUAAUCCCAUUCAAUCAAUAUGCCUUUUCAACUUUCAGUAGCGAUAUUGUUGGUGAUUUCUUGGACAGCCCUGCCUUUAAUUUACAUACUUAUACUUCCCGCAAUGCUACGAAUUGCUUCUUAUAUAUCUCUCCCCCGAAACUAAUCCUAGCUGCUGUAAGAGCCCACUAACCCGUCUGCACCCACCAACCAUAUCAGUUUUGCAUGCAGUACAAAUAGCUUCAUUAGCAACUAGUUUCGUUCGAGCCGUUUCCAUUCCAUUAAUCGCAAUCUGACAAUGUGCCUUCCACGUAGAGACUCGUGAGAGACUCGUCCAAGUGUCUUUAGCGUCGUAAGAUCGAAUUGUAUUUUUACAUUUAAUACCCAUUUCGGGUAGUCUGUCCACAGAUGCUGCAUUUAAUAUUGUCCAAUAUUCUACUCGUAUGAACAUAUCAGUGUCUUGUAUCUACUACAAACUCUAUACAUUUGUAUUCGUCCAUUAGUUUUGUAAUAUUGUACUUUGAAGUUGCAUCAAAUAAAUCUACGGUCCCAAAAAUAA